GAAAAGAAAAACUUGCACCUUUUUCAGCAAUUAUGAUUUCCUCAUUUCAAAUUAUUUUCUUUUGCGUUACUUUCUGCGUUGUUACAAACGCGUUUGAUGCUGGUAAGUUGCAACCUUUAACUCCGUCCGAAGAAGAAAAAGAAAUAUGCAAAGACAACGCUUAUGGAAGAGAAAUAACAUUCAUGUACAAAAAAGUUUGGAACACAUGCCAUAUUCAAUGUUUGUAUGAAGGUGAGAGUAAAGCUGAAGCAUUUUUCACUCCUGACGGUCAACUUUGUUGCGAUAUUGUAGGAAUAGGACCGACUGGGGAUACAGUUUAGAAUUCGUCGCUAUACACAGUAAAAAGCAGCAAAUGGAAUUGCUACAAUGGCAAAUGUGUGCCUUUUUGGAGACAAUUGGCUGAGAACCUUUGAAAUAAUUUUCAAUGAAUAUACAACUUAGAUUUUUAAGAUUGAUUUGUUUUUGAGAAAUAUUUUGCGUUUUUUCGUUUUAUAUACAAUUUUAUUAAACAAAUAUAUUUUUA